AUGCCGCCUGCUAUUGCAGUUCAUAUAAGCGGUAAAUGGGAGUUAGGUUGGAUCCUCUGUGACAUCUGGAUUAGUCUGGACAUCCUCCUCUGCACGGCCUCCAUACUCUCCCUCUGUGCCAUCAGCGUGGACCGCUACCUGGCCGUCACCAGGCCUCUUACGUACUCCAGAAGAAGAAGAUCCAAGAAGUUGGCUCUCACUAUGAUAUUCUUUGUCUGGAUCGCUGCUGGAGCUAUCACAUGUCCUCCUAUGUUUGGUUGGUAUGAACCAGACCACAACCAGAAUGGCAACUGCAGGUACAACCAGAAUCCUGGUUACGUGGUGUUCUCAGCCAUGGGCUCGUUCUUCCUUCCCAUGGCAGUCAUGGUGUAUGUGUACGCGAGGAUAUCCUGCGUGGUGGCUAGGAGACACCAACAACUAGCCAGUAGCACAAAAUGUAGUAAGGUUGGUUAUUGA